UGCUGUAGAGUGUGUCUCGAGUUUACAAAAUCGUUAGGAAAAUGCCUCCUAAAGCGAGUGGAAAGGCUGUGAAGAAAGCUGGCAAAGCACAGAAAAACAUCAGCAAGACCGAUAAGAAGAAAAAGAGGAGGAGGAAAGAAAGCUAUGCAAUCUACAUUUACAAAGUGCUGAAGCAAGUCCAUCCUGACACUGGUAUUUCCAGCAAGGCGAUGAGCAUCAUGAACAGUUUUGUGAAUGAUGUCUUUGAGCGGAUUGCUGCUGAAGCCUCACGCUUAGCUCAUUACAACAAGAGAUCGACCAUCACAUCUCGGGAAAUCCAAACGGCCGUCAGACUUUUGUUGCCUGGUGAAUUAGCGAAGCAUGCUGUUUCUGAAGGCACCAAAGCUGUUACCAAGUACACCAGUUCGAAGUAAAUGGUGCAGCAUACUCUAAUCGGCCCUUUUAAGG